CAGCAACCCAAUUCAACCAUUUUGCUGAGAGAUGACAACUGGGUAUUUCUCAGAAAGGAGGGAAUCUCUUCCACUGGACCGCCUCGAUGAUGGGCUGUCACCAGGUCCUUAUUCAGUGUCGCCCGGCUCCCCGGCAACUCCGACAGGAGCUGUAUCUCGACCCUCCAACGCUCUCGCGAAUAGAGUAACAGCUGUGCUGUCAGCUUCAUAUUCUGAUCUCGACAUUCGUGAUGCGCUCGAGGUUCUUGACGCAAAGAAAUUCGAAAAUACUCCCGAGACACGACGGAGAUUAAGACUGGAUGUGCAGCGAGAAGUGAUUGAUUGCAACGGCGAAAUCAUUAAAGAGUUUGGAAAGGUGGCCGAGCAACUCAAGCGUAUCGGGUCUACCAUUGAAAGUCUGAACAAUUGUUGCAAUGACAUGCGCAAACACAUUUCCGCUGCGCGCCAGGAGACGGGGCCUGUACUAGAAGAAGCUGCAACGGUCAUGGAACAAAAGCGACAAGAAGAAGUAAAACAGAAGCUUCUUGAUGCAUUCAACACGCAUUUCAUUCUCUCCGAACAGGAUAUGCUUAGCCUCACCUCUACUGCAGAACCGGUAGAUGAACGCUUUUUCGACACCCUUGGCCGAGCGAAGAGGAUACACGCGGAUUGUCAGGUGCUCCUCGGCACAGAAAAUCAGCGCCUGGGUCUUGAAUUGCUCGAGCAAUGCUCAAAGGCAGUAAACAGUGCCUAUCAAAAACUAUACCGAUGGAUUGAGCGGCAGUUCAAGACCUUGAAUUUGGAGAAUCCUCAGCUCAGUUCAUCCAUUCGGCGGGCUUUGCGUGUCCUGGCGGAAAAGCCAGCACUGUUCCAAACCUGUCUCGAUCUUUUUGCGGAGUCACGCGAGUAUGUUCUAUCUGAUUCAUUUUAUACUGCCUUGACAGGCAUUGCCUCCGAGGGAGGAAAGCAAUCAUCGGUCAAGCCGAUUGAACUAUACGCGCACGACCCGCUCCGUUAUGUGGGUGACAUGCUGGCAUGGACGCACUCUGCCGCAGUUUCGGAGCGUGAAGCAUUGGAAGUGUUAUUUAUCGCCGAGGGGGAGCAGAUUGCGCGGGGUAUCCAAGCCGGAAUCAAUAGCGAACCGUGGGCGCUGAGAAGUGAUGGAGAAACCGAGGUGUUUGAUGGAGUGAAGGCUCUCAAUCAGCUCGUCAGCCGUGGUCUGGCAGGUGUCGCGAGGCUGCUCAAACAGAGGACGGAGCAAGUAAUCCAGAGCCACGAGGAAUCUAUCUUGGCAUACAAGAUCUAUAACCUUGUAGGCUUCUACGUUGCUACCUUUUCACGGCUUCUCAGCCCGGAAAGCCCCGUACUUGAAGUGUUGGAGGGGUUAUCAAAAACAGCCAUGGACAAAUUCCGGUCAACAAUGCGUGACCACAUCACGGCCGUGCAGGGCGAUUUGGUUCAAGCACCAAUAGACCUUGCCGUUCCAGAGUCGCUGCGUGGCGUCCUCAACGACUUGUCCGCCUUGAUGAAGAGCUAUGACACAUCCCUCACGCCAACUGAGAGCCGCGAAGCAAGUUUUGAGCCAAUCCUGUUGGAUGUCCUUGAACCUUACUUGGACAGCAGCGAAGGUCUGGCAAAGACCUUGGAUGAGCCUCAGAACAGCAUCUUCAUCGUCAACUGCAUGCUCGCAGCCAGGGACACUCUAUCUUCGUUUACCUUCACCGAGGAAAAGAUUAUCGCAUUAGAAAAGACAAUACAGGAACAUGCGUCAAGGUUGAAGGAGUAUCUGCACGGCUAUUUUAUCCACAUGUCCGGACUUGGCCCUCUUCUUCGAGCCAUUCUCGCACUCUCCGACGCAAAGGACGACAUUUCUGCUAUUCCUUCGCUGGAGCCAUUUCAGCCCCCCAAGCUGCAAGCUGCCAGUCAGACGUUGGACGACUUUUUGCCUUCGGCCCUCAUGGAUGCGUCGGAGAAUAUCAAACGCUUGCAAAACUCGCGAAUGGUUCAGUCCAUUACCGAAGAAGCUGCCGAUCGAUUCUGCUCCGAUUUCGAGCUCCUUGAGGCCCGGAUCCUCGCUAGCGAUGAGCUGAGAGCAGACAAGGAAUCUGACGAGGAUGGAGAGAUUGGCCCUCUCAGAAGCUUCUUCCCAAGAACAAGUGCGGAGAUACGAGUGCUGCUUAGCUGAGUGAACGGGUUUCACCUUUGGGCGCAAAUCGACUAGACAUGGAAUAUUUCCUUGUAUUUCCGGCAUAGAGUUCCGAUAUAACGUAUAUACAGUGUCAUGUAAUGAUAAUUCAUGUAUGGACCAUGAAAUAAUCGGUCCUAUACGAGGGAUAUGCCCCAUCUAUGGAAUAAAUGCAUUCAACGCCGUU